AUGUCAUUCAAAGCUCCAUGUGAUCGUCCUGAUGCUUCGCCAAUGGAUAGACGUGGUACAGGUGCAUAUAAUAUAAAUGCUGGUAUUGACUCAAGUAUUACUGCUGAUCCUGCUCAUCGUGGUACAUUAUCAACACCAGAAUUGGAUUUAAUUCGUAAUUCAGCUAGUUAUAAACAAGCUAUGAAAUUUGAAAAAGAAGAUAAUGUUGAAUUAGCUGCAAAAAUGAAACUUAUGCAUCAUGCCAAAGAAAAAACUGAACAUCGAGAAAAAUGUGACAGAUAA